ACUUCCUGUCAAGUUGUCAAAAUCGAAAAUGGCCGACAAGGAUCAAGCAGACGUAUCAGGGCAACAGAGCAAUCCUCUUUCUCGGAAACUGAACAAAAUUCUUGAGACAAGAUUGGAAAAUGAUAAAGAUCUCUUGGAGGCUCUCAAGGCUAUGUCAAGCUUUUUUAUGGAGAAUAACCUUAGAAGCAGAAGAAAUUUACGCAGUGACAUUGAAAAGAGAAGUCUUGCUAUCAAUGAAGAAUUUCUUAGUGCAUUUCAAGCAGUUAAAGAACAAUUAGACAGUGUUUAUGGUGAUGUCAAGGCCAUGAGUGAUUGCUGUCAGGAUAUGACUAACAGGCUAAAGGCUGCCAAAGCACAGACUAAUCACCUGAUCAGUCAGACCACAAAACUGCAUGCAGAGAGUCAAAAACUGCAUAUGAAACAGGAGGUAGCCAGCAGCUUUCUUGAAAAAUUCCAGUUAAAAGUUGAUGAAAUCAAGGUUCUAAGAGGCCAUAGGGAUGGAAGUCUGCAUGAGGAUUUUUUCAAGGCACUAAAAAGAGUGAAACAGAUUCACUCUGAUUGCAAGGUGUUGUUGCGAACAAAUCAGCAAACAGCUGGCUUGGAGAUAAUGGAAUCAAUGGCUUUGCAGCUGGAAUCUGCUUAUGAACGAUUGUAUCGUUGGACACAAAAUGAGUGUCGUCAGCUCACGAGUGACACACCUGAUGUUUCACCAAAACUAUGCCAGGCUCUAGAGGCCCUGCAGGAUCGACCUGUGCUGUUCAAGUAUUCUAUGGAUGAGUAUGGCACAGCUCGAAGAAGUGCUGUAGUUCGGGGCUUUAUUGAUGCUUUAACACGUGGAGGACCAGGUGGUACACCACGUCCAAUAGAACUGCACUCCCAUGAUCCUUUGCGCUAUACAGGAGACAUGCUAGCUUGGGUUCAUCAGGCCACUGCUUCAGAAAAGGAGUACCUCCAAACACUCCUGAGAUUAUGUCAAGCAUCUAGUGCCUCUGUUGAGGAUAACUUGGGGCACAUCACUGAGGGUAUAUGCAGGCCUUUCAAAGUUCGAGUGGAGCAGGUAUUGGUAUCAGAGCAGGAAGCCGUCACACUGUACAAACUGGACAACCUCCUGAAGUUCUAUCACAAUACUAUCUCGCAGAUAGUGGCAGCAGAUUCAGCAGUACUUAUAACCAUCACAGAAGUUCAAGAUCUCAGCCAUCGAAUGUUUUUUAACAGCCUUACGUGCCAUGCUAACAGACUGCUAGAUAAAGUUGACUUGCCUCCAGCAGACCUUGGUCCUACCUCCUCUCUGACUCAGACACUUCAACUGCUACGGGAUGUUCUGGCAUGUCAUGAUGCCUCGGUUGUCCCUGUGGAUGACAAGAAGCAGGAUUACAAGCAGAUUCUCUCCUGUGUGAUAGAUCCCCUGCUUCAAAUGUGUUCCAUGUCAGCCAGCAGGCUUAACACUGUAGACAUGGCAGCAUAUAUGAUCAACUGCAUUUACCUCAUCCACUCCACCCUGGCUCUGUACCAGUUUACAGACACUCGUCUUGAAAUGCUUCAAGCACAGACAGAAGCUCACGUGGACACACUGGUCAGUGAGCAAGCAGCCUAUGUGUUGAACCGUGUGGGACUGACUUACGUUUACUCUUGCAUCCAGCAGUACACAGACAGUCAGGGACCGUUAUCUCAGAUGCAGGGCAUGGACACAAUCAGUGUAAAGUCAGCAAUGAAUAAGUUUGACAGUUACCUAGCAAGCCCUGACAGCCUUGCUUUACCACAGUGUGGUUUAUUGCUAGGAACACUUUUAAGAGAGACAGUAAAAAGACGAUCUGUAGAACUGAUCUGCCAAGCUUACCAGCAGAUGUAUGCUGCGAUCACAGACCCAAAACAAGAAUACAAAGAUCCUCAGUCUACAGUGCCGCGCACACCGGAACAAGUUCUGAAGCUUCUUUCAUAGGCUUUCUUUAGCUGGAAAGAUUGCUUAGACUGAGAAAUCGAUGACAUAAAAUGUAUAAUAAGGCUGAGGUUUUAAGAGGGUUUUCAUUUUUUAUUGUUUGGUCUUUUCGUUCAGGUGACAUAAGUUCAAGGGAAAUAAUUUCGUCCAUUUGUUGUAGAUAAAUUCUGUUUAUAUAGUGUGAAAUGAUGUCUGUUCAGUAAAAUAAUGUCGUAGUGUAAUUGUAAUAUUUGUCAUAUGAGGGAUUUGCCUUGCUAAAAUUUUAAGUAAAAGAAAUCGAAUUUCAUCUUGA